AUGCCGAGAUCAUUGCCGGCUCUCAUGCCACGUCGCUGGCAGAGCCGCCGGCUGUGUCCCUGCGGUGGAAGGACCUGCGUGUGCGGCGUGGCGCAGCCAGGGUGCAUCACGGGGGUGGUGGGCGCGAGCGGUAGCGGCAAGACGGUGCUGCUGCGCACGCUGGCGGGCCACUCGGUUGGCAUUGUGUGGGAGGCUGGGGAGAUUGUGGUUGGCGACGUGCCCGUGCAGGCGCUGCGGGAGGAGAACAAGGCGGCGGUGCUGUCGUUUCUGCCGACGGCGGCCCCGAUCCGCGGCGACCUGUCUGUGGAGGACAACAUCAACUACUGCGGGGCGCUGCUGCUGACCAACGCCACAGAGGACGAGUACAGCCAGGCCCUGGAGGAGACGCUGGAGGGGCUGAUGCUGACCGAUGUCCGCCACCAGAAGGCUGCGUCCCUGAGCCAAGGACAGGCGCUGCGGAUGCGCCUUGCACAGCUGAUGAUUGCGCCGACGCGCAUUGUGCUGCUGGACGACCCGCUGCGCGGCAUUGACGAGGCCGCCGGCGUGCGCAUCCUCAAGUAUCUCAAACGGGUGGCACAGGAGAAGCAGAUUGCUGUGGUGUGCGCGGUGGGCACGGCGACUUCACUCGUCUCUGCCGUGCUGGACACCACGCUGGAACUGGAGAGCGGCCGUGUGCAGGAUGACUUGGAGCGUGCUGGCAACACGCACAACACAAUCAACAGCAGCAGCACACACAACAACAACAGCAACAGCACACACAACAAAUGCGAUAUGAACGGGGUGAACGGAAAGACCAACGACAAGCAGCACGCGGCAGGCGCAGAGACAGCAAGUUCUUUGCCCACAACUGCAAAGGCAGCUGGUGUUGGCCUGGCGCAGCUUGAGGCGCUGCACCGCCCGGUUGCGUCUGUGAAGCAGCAAGUGCACAGCCUUGCGCUGCUGUACAUGAAAGAGGAGUCACCGCGUGCCCUGAACAAGUACAAGGCGGUUGUUGCGAUUGGGCUGGGCCUGGUGACGGGAAUUCUGUGGUUUGGGGUUGGUGUUGAGGAGGACCGGCGCUCGUUUGGGGAGACGGUGAGCCUGCUGUUUGCGGCCAUGAUCACGUGGAUCAUUGCCUUUGUGUACCCGGCUGCCGCUGGGGUGAAGAGCCAGUACCUGCUGCUGCGGCAGGACGUGUCUGGCCACUUCUACUCGUACUGGCUGCGGCUGGUGGUGUGGACGGUGUUUGACUUUGCGGUGCUGGCGGUGUGGCCGAUUGUGUUUGGCACAAUCACGUUUACGCUUGCAUACGUGGGCGCUGACUGGGAGAGCAACCUGACGAAGAGCUUCAUCCUCGCGCUUGCGGCCAACGUGUUCCACGCACUCGGGCUGCUGCUCGGGGCGGCGAUUCCGGACCCCGCGGCAGCCGUUGCCGUGGUGACUGUUGUUGUGCAGGCGAUGCUGAUGAUGGCUGGGUUCUACCGCACGCUGCCCGACGCGAUCCAGUGGCUGCCGAGCGUGAUUGGCAUCCCGUACUACAUCCUGACGGCGCUCAUGCGCACGGAGUUCUCUGCCAACGACUCGUACCGCUGCCAUCCGUCGAGGGCGAGCAGCGCCGUGGGUCCGCACGACUGCUACAUCGAGACCAACCUGCUGACGGAGGACUACCGGCAGCGCAACAUCCUGUUUGUGCAGUCACCGGAGGCACACGAUCCCUCUGAGUGGGCGCUUGUGCUGCCGCUGGUGCUGUUCUACAUUGGCAUUCGCAUUCUUGGCGCCAUCAUCCUGCUCCUUCGCAUUCGCCGCAAGUUCCGCCUCCACGCUCAGCAGAAGCUGCCCUCGGACCAUCGGCGCAGCAGCACGCAUGCGAGCAGCGGUGCUGCGCCCGUGCGUCGCGAGCCAGAGACCAAGGCGCUCAUCUCGUGUACUCACAGCAAUGGCACGGCGACGGAAAACGGCCACUGCACCAAGCAGCGCCCCAGCCACCACCAGCGUCGCGCGUCCCAGAAGCAGCUGCUCCUGGAGGAUGAAGCCAAUGGGGACGCAAUGGACGGGUUUAGCGGCCCGCACACGGACGUGUCGACCGUGUAG